AUGUCUUUGUCAGACUCAAGCCCAACCUCAGACCCAGUUAGUGCAUUUCCGGAUGUGUUUACAGGGGAGGGUAAACUAGAUCAAAAGCUACACCUAGAGCUCGAUGCAACUGUCCCCCCUGUAAUCCUCCCAGUCAGGAAGGUGCCCCUGGCACUUACUAAUGCCAAGGUGUUCAGUGUUGUAGAUGCGAAGAACGGAUUCUGGCAUAUACAACUGGAUGACGAGAGUAGUUUCCUGACUACAUUUGGCACCCCAUGGGGAAGGUACAGGUGGACGAGGAUGCCGUUCGGUAUCGCCCCAGCCCCCGAAGAGUUCCAGAGGAGAUUGGAACAAGCACUAGAAGGCCUGGAGGGUGUCAAACCAAUCUUCGAUGACAUCCUUAUCUUAGGAAAAGGUGACUCCAAAGAAGAAGCCAUCAGAGAUCAUGAUGCCAAGUUGAGAUCCCUCCUCGAGCGCUGUCGCCAAAAGAGUAUCAAACUCAACAAGGAGAAGCUGAAGCUGCGUUGUGCUGAAGUCAAGUUCAUUGGUCACGUGGUAUCGGCAGACGGGUUGAAGCCAGACCCCGACAAGUUACAGGGUAUUGAAGAAAUGCCUACACCAACAAACAAGCAAGAUAUCAAGAGGUUGCUUGUUAUGGCAAAUUACCUCCAGAAGUUUGCACCGAAUCUCUCAGAAGCAGCUGCACCGAUGCGCGAAGUGCUCAGAGAAGAGAACCAGUUCCACUGGGACGAGCAAGUACAAGGACAAAGCUUCAAGAAUGUAAAGAAGAUUGUUUCACAAGCACCAGUUCUGAAGUUCUUCGACCCACACGAAGAAGUCGAGCUGCAGUGUGAUGCCUCAGAGAAAGGGAUGGGAGCCUGUCUAAUGCAGAAGGGACAGCCCGUCGCAUAUGCGUCACGUUCUCUGACAGAAACCGAGAAGAACUAUGCUCAGAUUGACAAAGAAAUGCUGUCCAUUGUAUUUGGAGUGGAGCGCUUCGAGCAUUAUCUGUAUGGACGGCCAAUAAAAGUUGAAACGGAUCACAAACCUCUUGAAAGCAUUUUCAAGAAAAGCAUCAUUAGUGCCCCCAAGCGCCUACAAAGAAUGAUGUUGCGACUACAGAAGUUUGACCUGCAAGUCAACUAUAAGAGAGGAGCUGAAAUGUACCUUGCAGACACCCUAAGUAGAGCCUUCCGAGGGCAGAAGAGGAGUGCUAGUCGAGAUGAUGUAGGAGAUGUGAUGCUACUAGAAGAGAUGAGAGGUACGACUGAGCGAGAAGUAGAAAGUAUUGACAUGAUACAGUUUCUACCUGUCUCCGAAGCUACCCAAGCAUCACUACGACAAGCUACAGAGCAGGACACAGCUAUGAGAGAGCUGAAGUCUAUAAUCCGACAAGGCUGGCCAGAGGUGAAGGAUGACGUUCCUGUGAGCAUCAGAGAUUACUACUCUUUUAGAGAUGAGUUGUCACUACAAAACGGCCUGGUCUUCAAAGGAGAGAGGUUAGUGAUUCCCAACAGUUCCAGAGUAGAAAUGUUGGCUAAGAUACAUGCCAGUCACAUAGGGAUCCAGGGAUGUCUCCGUAGGGCUAGAGAAGUCCUAUACUGGCCUGGAAUUAAUAAAGAAGUAGAAGAGUAUUUUGCCAAAUGUGAGAUUUGCAACAGUCACUUAUCAGAGCAAGGCAAAGAGCCAAUCAUAUGCCAUGAAAUUCCCAACCGCCCAUGGGAGAAAGUAGGCAUAGACCUGUUUGAACUGAAUGGGAAAGACUUUGUACUAACAGUUGAUUACUAUUCAGGCUUCUUUGAGGUUGACAGGUUGGAAGGCAAGACUGCGAAAGAAGUGAUAAGGAAGAUCAAACCACAUGUGGCCAGACAUGGUAUUCCAGACCAGAUUAUGAGUGACAAUGGCCCGCCAUUCGACUCGCAUGAGUUUAGACAGUUUACAAACAGUUAUCGAAUUGAACAUGUGACCAGCUCCCCAGGCUAUGCCCAAUCCAAUGGAAAAGUAGAGAAUGCAAUCAAUACGGCAAAGAAUCUGAUGAAAAAAGCCACAGAAUCAAACAAAGACCCGUACUUGGCUCUACUGGAUUGGCGGAAUACACCAAGCGAAACAGUUGGUUAUUCGCCAGUUCAAAGAUUGUUCAAUAGGAGAACCAAGACACUCCUACCAACUUCCAGCAGACUCUUGAAACCAUCAGUGCCCAGAGAUGUACGCCAGAAGCUCACGCUACAGAAGGCAAGGCAAAGCCUGAAUUACAACCGUGGAGCGAAGGAGUUAGAAGAGCUGAAACAAGGAGAUGUUGUGCGUCUACAACCUACAAAGACAGUGGGAAGGGCCAAGCAAUGGAAGCAAGCAAGAGUUGAAGGAAAACUUGAUAUUCGAUCAUAUCAGGUACGUACUGAAGACGGACGGGUUUACCGACGAAACAGACGACACCUGCGGAAAACCAGAGAGCAGAUGCAGCCACCGCAGCAAGAAGAGAUAGAAAUGCACUGCCCUUACCCAAGCAGACCUGCUAAACCGGCGAUGCCUACGAAACACAAGCAGCAGCAGCAGGAGAAACAACCUUCAGAGAAAGCCCCUGAGAAUACUGCCCAGGAUGUCCCCGAUGUCCCAGCGGAGCAACGCACGCGUUCAGGAAGGGUUGUGAAACCGCCUUUAACGAGGCAGCGCAGUAUUUCAGAAAGCGAAGAGUUAUCCGUCAGCUCUAGUUUUGACUCAGAGUCGGAGCUUCUUGAAUCACAACCCGAGCUUUUGGAUAAUGAAUUUCAUGGCUACGACGAAAGUCUCGAUCCCGUCCCAAACGGGGAAGAGGCUGCUGAAUACGAGCAGCAACUCCACGAGGAGAAUGAGCAAGAAGAGGAGCUUCUCCGAAGAUUUUCAAGGGAGCAAGAUAUUUCCACAUGGUUCAAGUGCUCGAACUGUUCGCUCAAGUUAUUAGUCACAAAGCAAGAAUGCCGAUGCUGCACAGAGUUUGCAACAUGCAGCGAAAAAUUACAAGAAGUUGGUUUGGAGGGAUGCAUUGUUGACCAUCCAGGAUUCAGUGUGAAUUGCCUCAACGAGUGGGUACUACGGACAGCAGCUGUUGGACUAAAAACAAGGAAGAAAAAAUCCUAUACUUCUGUCAAAUCUGCAAAAAAUGCAUCCGAAUCUGAAUUUCUGAGGUCUGUGGCCUACAGACAAUACGUGCGCCUGGUAUAUGAGUGUGUCGGGUGGUCAAAGAGGGCAUCUCUCCCAAGUUGUGUCUACAACAAAAUACGGGAAGCAUUCCCUAGCGAAACAUUUCAUGGAUUUGAAGAGGAUAAGGAGGAUGCAAACUCUGAAGACAUGGAGUUUGAAUAGGAUUUUUCUUCCUUGUUUUUAUUCCAACAGCUUCUGUGCAUAGUAACCACCCGUUGUGACAAUCUACACUGAGCCCUGGAUGGUCAACAAUACAUCUCUAUAAACCCACAUUCUCAAUUUGUUUUGCUGUUUUUGCAAGCUCUAUGCAGCAUUGGUAUUCUUCCUUCAUGACUAAUCUCUUAAGUGAACAAAGCAAGCACUUGCACCUGGUGGAAUUGAGCAGUGAAACAUCGUAUUUAUUUCUCAUUAAUCAGUUUCCAUGUUAGCCAAAUUGCUCUGAAUUGACAAUUGUAUGUACAUAUUUUCAGCUCAUUCCAUUAUGCUGACAUAAAAACAGAAAUCUUA